ACAAGCAUGUUACCAUGGUUUGGUUUGACACUUCCUCGUUGGUUUGACAGGAUAGUGGAUUAAAUUAGUUAUCUUUUAAUUUUAUACAUUUGUUAUCUAUAUCUAAUGUUAUUUUUGAUAACUUAGAUUUUAACUCUUUAUAUGUAUUCAAAUAAGUGUCUUUGAGAGGGAAUAGAUUUUGACUAAAAUUAUUUUCUCGGAUAUCUUUAUUCUAUGAAAAUAAAAAUGAAUAGACUCUUACUCUGUUUUACUCUUGUAACACUUUACGUUUCCAUGGUCAGUGCUCAACAAACCUUUUCUGUUGAUUAUGAAAACAAUUGUUUUUUGAAAGAUGGGAAACCAUUUAGAUAUGUCUCUGGUUCCAUUCACUAUUUCCGUGUUCCAUCUGACUUUUGGUAUGAUAGGAUUUAUAAAAUGAAAAUGGCUGGACUGAAUGCAAUUCAAACGUAUGUAGAAUGGAGUCAUCAUGAACCGGAACCAGGUGUUUAUAAUUUUAAAGGCAACUAUGACUUAUCAAAAUUUUUAAAAAUUGCAGAGGCAUUGGAUAUGCUUGUUAUUUUACGUACAGGACCUUUUAUUGAUGCUGAAAGAGAUAUGGGUGGCUUGCCUUACUGGCUUUUGAGAAUUGAUCCCAAAAUGAAAUUAAGAACCUCUGAUUCUAACUACAUUAAAUAUGUUGACAAAUGGUAUAGUGUUCUACUUCCUAUCAUAGAGCCUUUCUUAUAUAAUAAUGGAGGUCCUAUAAUAACAAUUCAGAUUGAAAAUGAAUAUGGUAGUACUGGUCUCUGUGAUGCUCAGUACAAAUCUCAUUUAAGAGAUUUUUUUAACCAAUAUUUGGAAAACAAAGCCGUUUUAUUUACUACUGAUGGUGGUGGCUGUGAAACCUGCUUACGUUGUGGAAGGACGGAUGAAGUACUAGCUACGAUUGAUUUUGGAACUGGUGCAAAUGUUAGCAGAUUAUUUCAAUCACUACGCUGGAAUCAAGCAAAAGGACCAUUUGUGAAUUCUGAAUUUUAUGCUGGUCAUUUAGAUCACUGGGCUAAACCUCAUGCUCACGUCACCAGUAAGGCUAUUGUCAAGACUUUAACUCACUUGUUAAAAGCCAAUGCCUCUGUUAAUGUAUAUAUGUUCCAUGGAGGAACUUCUUUUGGUUUUAGUGCAGGUUCGAAUAGUGGCAGAACUUUUCAAGCAUGCACUACAAGUUAUGAUUUUAAUGCUCCAUUAAGUGAAGCUGGGGAUCUAACUCCAAAAUACUUUGCCAUGAGAAAAGUAAUUGGCAAAUUUUUGCCACUUCCACCUGGUCCACUUCCUAAACCAGCUCCUAAAAUGAAAAGUGGGCCUAUUAAAUUGACAAAAUCAAUAUCAUUGUGGGAUUACAUCUCUAUGAAUACUGAAUCGGUAUUUUCCCCCACUCCUCUUUCAUUUGAACAGCUUUAUCAUCCCUAUGGAUUUGUGGUGUAUCGAACGACUGUAACAUUCAAUACAGCUGAUCCAUCUAUUCUUACGGUAAAUAACAUUGCUGAUAGAGGUCAUGUCUAUGUAGAUAAAGUCUUACAAGGUAUUUUGAGUCGAGAACAGAAAGUUUUCAGUAUUCCAGUCAGAGCUUUCAAAGGACAAACAAUUGAUAUUUUAGUUGAAAAUCAAGGCAGAGUUUGUGCUGGUUCUGGUAUCCAUGACCAAAAGGGUAUUUUCCAAAAGGUUACAUUAGGUUCGCUUGCACUUCUGGACUGGACAAUGAUACCUAUUCCAUUAGAUGCAAAAUCUAUUGAUACGAUUGCCUGGAAAAAAUCUGUUCGCAAGGCGAAAUAUGAUCCUGCUUCUACUCCAAUGCUUUAUGGAGGACAAUUCACUUUGGAAAGGGGAGCUAUCUUCGAUACAUUCCUGCAAUUGGAUGGGUGGCAUAAGGGUGUAGCUUUUAUAAAUGGUUUUAAUCUUGGACGCUAUUGGCCAAUUGUUGGGCCUCAAGUAACACUGUAUGCCCCGAGCACAUUGUUUCAAGCAGAGCCUGCAGUGAAUAAUCUGACAAUAUUGGAACUUGAGCAUGCACCUUGUCAAAAAGCAAAUACUUGUGUAGUACAAUUUGUUGAUAAUCAUAUUAUAAAUGGAGCUACUCCGCUAAAUAAAGAAAGAAGAAUUCAUGGAAAUAAGUUCCUGCGACAAACCAUGUAGAAAAAGCUAUAUAUAGGGUUUAAUUACCAUGACACUUGUUUCGCUAUUUUUAUAAAUUUCCAUUGUUAUUAAAUAAAUGUUUUAAUUUUUAUUUA